AUGUCCGAAUACUGGAAAUCCACGCCGAAAUACUGGUGCAAGCACUGCAGCGUCUUUGUCCGCGACACGAAGCUCGAGCGCCAGAACCACGAGGCGACGGGCCGCCACCAGGGCGCCCUGAAGCGGUCGCUGCGCGACAUCCACCGCGGCCACGAGCGCGAGGAGCGCGACAGGGAGCGCGCGCGGCGCGAGGUCGACAGGCUUCACGGCGUCGUCGGCGGCGGCGCGGCGUCGUCCUCGGCGUCAGCGGCCGCGUCGUCCUCGGCGUCGGCGUCGGCCUCCUCGGGCCAGGCGACGGCGGCGCAGCUGGCGAGGCAGAGGGAGCAGCUGGCGGAGAUGGGCAUCUCCGUGCCGACCGAGGUCCGAGGCGACAUGGCCAUGCCGGGCGCGUGGACGGUGACGAACACUCGCGUCGUGUCUGCUUCGCCGCGGGCGGGCGAGGCGGCGACCCAGGUCGAGGCCAAGGCCGUGGGCGUGCGCAAGAGAAAGGUCACGGACAAGCAGAGGGAGGAGGAGGAGGAGAAGACGGCGGUGUGGGGGUUGUUCAAGAAUCAUGGUACGUGGACCGGGAAAGGCUUCAUGCAGGCAAGACGACGAUGA